AUGAUUUCUACUUGGAUAGGGUUCACCGCCCUUAUUGCUGCGUCCAACUCGGCCGGGGCCCUUGCGAAACCUAUCAACACCCGUGAUACGUUGAGGCCCAAGGUCGAAAUCGACUAUGUUAACAUCACCGGACGUGUCAGCGGGAACAUCAAGGAGUAUUUGGGCAUCCCCUUCGCUUCGGCCGGCCGUUUCGAGCAUCCGCAGCUCUACACCCAACAGCUGGGCGAGUUUGACGGGAGCAACUAUGGCCCCAUCUGUCCCCAGAAGACCACGGCGUCAAUCCUGACCACCAACUCGUCCAGCAGUCUGUUGUUAGGCAAGACGGGCACUGCUAUCGGCCCUGUCGUGGGAGCGUUGGCUGACACAGUGUUCAACACCAUCGGUCAAACGCGCAGCGAAGAUUGCCUCCUGAUCAAUGUUCAAACCCCCGCCAACGUCACCAAAGAUGACAAGCUACCUGUUGUGAUAUGGAUUCACGGCGGCGGGUACGAGGUCGGGAGCCCCUUUACCGACACCAGCGAGACUGAUGCGAUCCGCGGCGCCGUGCUCAACUACAAUAUCGGAGGUUUGGUCCGGACCUCGGUCGACCUAGACCAGCCUAUCAUCGGCGUAUCGGCCAACUAUCGCCUCAAUGCCUUUGGUUUCUCCGCGUCGCGUGAGAUGGAGGAGGCCGGGCUUCUCAACCUCGGCCUUGAAGACCAGAGAGUGGCCAUGCAGUGGGUCCAGAAGCACAUCGCUGACUUUGGCGGCGAUCCGGAUCACGUAGUCAUCAUGGGCGAGUCCGCCGGUAGCUGGUCCGUCGUGGCGCAUUUGCUGUGGGACGAGGGCGAGGGCGCUACCGAUCUCUUCCACGGCGCGAUGGCUCUUUCUGGAGGACCGGUCAUGGUGGAGGGUGCUGAGCGUAGCCAGCCCGUUUUCGACAAUAUGGUUGAGAGAGCCGGUUGCUCUGAAGCGACGGAUAAGAUCGCUUGCUUGAAGGUUGCCGACUUUGACGACAUCAUGGCGUCGGUGAACGACGAGGGAAUGCUUCUCGGACCUCGCUCUCUUGCCUCGACAUGGACUAUUCGCCCGGACGGAAAACACCUCAAGGACUCACCUCAUCGCCUAGCCGCUGCCGGCAAGAUGGCAUCGGUCCCCCUGAUUACUGGCGACAUGCGCGAUGAGGGAACUCUGUUUUCUCUUCUGGCUCAACUGAAGACUCUGUCUGACGCGGACUUUGCAUCGUACUUUAAGGAAAUCUGGUGGCCCAAGGCUUCUGAUGAAGAGAUGGCCAAGCUCAUGGAACUAUACCCCUCGGACAUCACCCAAGGAUCGCCCUUCGACACGGGCGUUCUGAACGCCGUCACACCCAACUUCAAGCGCCUGGCUGCAGUUGUCGGCGACUUCAGCUUCCAAGCGCAGCGCCGCAACCUUCUGGCACACUACAACACCUCCGAGCAAACCGUAUGGAACUACAUCACCGACGUCAGUAUCCCUUCUGCAGGCAUUCUCCCUGAUCUGGGUGUUUUGACUCACCUCCCUGUUCUGGGAUCAUUCCAUGCUUUUGACGUCUGGUUCUACAUGUUCGCGGGCUUGCCCUACGCGGUGAGCAAAAACACCCAGGCCUACCAGGCAACCGCUAUCUCUUUUAUUCGCACGCUUGAUCCCAACAACCACGGUCUGGACUUUGCGAAGUGGCCAAGGUACAGCGCAGACGGACUCCAGACAUAUAACUUCAAGGAGAGCGGGCCUGAGGUUGUCAAGGAUGACUGGCGCGUCGAGGCUAUGCAGUUCUUCAACGAUCAUCCUGACUCCUUUCUCAUCUAA